CAAACAGGAAGCCGAAGGGACAGACGGAGGCCGGGCGCUGCAAUCGUGCAGCGAACCCUGCGGGAGGAACCCCAGGAAGUAGAAAAAACCCAGGGUGCGGAGGGACGCCAUGGCGGACGGGACGGGAACAAGGGAGGAAGAAGGGGAGACAUUGCGGCGCUGGGAACGUCAACAAAUCCAGAUGAAAGAAGAUGUGAUUGAACAAGACACAGAGGAAUGGCAGAGCAAUUUCUCCUUUGCUGGACUGGAAAGAGUUGGAGGAAUGGAUUUGUCUUAUCUCAAAGAAGAUGCCACACGUGCCUGUGCUUCAUUGGUGGUGCUCAGUUACCCAGAACUUGAGGUCCUUUACGAAGACUGCUAUGUGGUGGCUGUGAAUGCCCCCUAUGUGGCAGGAUUCCUGGCUUUCCGAGAAGUCCCUUUUUUACUGGAGGCUGUGCAGCGGCUGGAGACACAGAAGCCUGGCCUCAAGCCCCAGGUGCUUCUUGUAGAUGGAAAUGGCAUCCUGCACCACAGAGGUUUUGGCAUUGCCUGCCAUCUUGGUGUUCUCACAGGUCUUCCCUGUAUUGGUGUAGCCAAAAAUCUCUUGCAGGUUGAAGGUUUGGCCAAUGAUGAGCUUCACAAGAAACAAAUUCAAGAUCUUCAGGCAGGAGGAGAUGCAUUCCCACUGACAAGUACCUCUGGGAAAAUCUUGGGUAUGGCCUUGCGUAGCUGUGCCAAGAGUACAAAACCUAUAUACAUCUCAGUCGGCCACAAGAUAAGUCUAUUAUCGGCUAUGCGCCUGGUCCAUUCUUGUUGCAAGUAUCGGAUUCCUGAGCCCAUCCGGCAGGCAGAUAUAAGAUCCAGAGAAUACAUCCGGAAACAUAUGGAGGUCAAUAUUGCUGUGCCCCUUCCUCAGCCAGAGAGAGGCCAAGAUCUGGAAAGUGUCAGAUUGGGGGAAGCUGACAAAAAUGAAGGCAAGGACUGAGAGCUAAUCACAAAGGUGAGCUUUCAUCUCUAAGACCACCAUCCUGAGAAGAGAAUGUGGCAAUUUCCAUCUAUUCAACAAAGCACUGCCCAGAGAUCAAAGACAGUCAAGAGAAGCUCUUUCAAGUACUUUCAUCCAGGGAUUUGCCAACUGCAUUUUGGAGCAAGAAAUAUUGUCCUAACAGAGCAGGCCUGGGCUUUAGGUGAACACAAAAGGCAAACAAAAUGACCUAGAUGAGUAGUGAUCUAAGGCAGUGACAGUGGUGGGCAGGUUGCCCUGUGCAGCCGUCAAAUUACUUUCCUGCAGGGCAGAGAAUCUUGGGCGAAUUCUUCAGGGAGGACUUUUAUUUUUGUCUGCCAUCUGCUCCAUUCCUUAUCCUGAAGUUUCCUUUCAGGGCAGUGAAAAUCCUGAAACUUAGGAUAGCUUCCCCAAUUUUGGUCCUUUCCAGGUGUGCAGCCUGGGAAUUCUGGUGGUUGAGGGCCAAUGUAUUCUGGAAGGGAAUAAAUUAUGUGCCAGUUUAAUGGUCAUAGGCUCGGCUUGACCCCUGUAAGCAAAAAAAUACAUUUCCUAACACUGCAUUACAUAUUGACUGAAGACAUUGAACACUGACUAUGGUAUGGUAUUUUAUUUUUAAUGAUUGGGAAAUGUUGUUUUCUGCUUAUUUCACUUAUCCUAU